AUGUCACAACAGACGACACCCGUGCAACCUGUCAGGAAGAAGGCGAAGUUUGGCUCAAAUGUGAAGAUUCUCAAGACUUCUGGUAUUACGCCAAUGCCUAAUUAUGACGGCAUGAGUGACGACGAAUUGAAGCGAGAGUUGGCCAAAUUCGGCUUGAAACCCAUGGGUAGGAAAAGAGCGGUUGCAAUGCUGAAACAGAUCUACACAGAAGUACAUCCUGAUAUAUUAGAGAUCGAUCCAUUCACACCGACUGUACGGCCACUAGUUGUUGAGAAGACUGGUGAUGGCACACCGGUGUCAUCUCGCUUUGCAAAGCCGAAAAAUCCACGAAAACGAGGGAAGCCGGUGACGGCAUCUAAAGAGGCUACAGCGACAGUUUCUGAGAAACCAUCAACAUCUGAGCCUCAGAGGUCAAGCGUAGAUGACAAUGACGAUGACGACUUUAUUGAUCUCGGAGACAAGACGUUGAAUGAUCCACGUGAAGAACCAAUAGAGGAGAGCAUGAUCGACGAUACAGGAAUCUUGCCGAAGGACUUGGACGGUAUGACGGACGUGUUUCUAAAGUGGUUGCGCCAGCCGGAAAAUGACGACCUGUAUAAUCACCUACUGUCAUUGCAACCUGUACUAAUUGUGAGUUUUUAUACAAUUAAGCAGAGAGCUCAUACGAGCCAGGCGAUUGGCAGGUUUACUUUAGCGGAAAACGUGCUGAGAUUUACGUAUCUAUGUGAACGGUACAAUAUAAAGAUCAGGUCCUCAGUGAAGCGCACGAACACGCACAUGGCCGUAUGA